AUGUUACCAAAUGGAACAAUACUGUCCAUUCAAGAUGCCUUAUAUUCAUCUAACUCCAGAAGAAAUCUGUUGAGUUUCAAAGAUAUACAUUUGAAUGGCUACCAUGUUGAAACAAAGAAUGAGGAAAAUAUGGAAUAUCUUUGCAUUACCUCUAGCGAUACCCAUAAGCGUACACUAGAGAAGCUUUGUGCACUCUCAUUAGGGUUGUACUAUACAACCAUACAGACAAUUGAGGCACAUAGUGUCAUGGACCAGAAGUCCAUUGACUCAAGUACUUUUAAGCUUUGGCAUGACCGGUUGGGUCAUCUUGGAUCCACCAUGAUGCGUAGGAUCAUCACCAACUCUAAAGGACAUCCCUUGUUGACAAAACAUAUUAUGGUAUCAAGUGAAAGCUCUUGCCAAGCUUGUUCACAAGGGAAGUUGGUGAUCAGACCAUCACAACCAAAGGUUGAUGUUGAGUCCCCAUCAUUUUUACAGAGAAUCCAAGGGAACAUUUGUGGGCCUAUUCAUCCUCCAUGUGGACCAUUUUAG